AUGUCCGAAAUAUACGACUGGCUCGUUCAAAUCCCCGUGAAUGCGAGCGAUAUGCAAGCGUGGACCAACGCCCGUGAGGAGCAUCUCUCGCACCUCAAACCAUACGUCGCCGAUGGGACUAUUGUUUUCGCAGGUCCCACCCUGGCAGCACACCCCAAGGGACCAGAGGACACACUGGAGAUCACAAGCAGUGUCAUGAUGUUCCGAGCGAGGACUGAGGAGGAGGUACGCUCUAUCGUCAGCAAAAAUCCAUUUGUCGAGGUGGGAGUUUGGGAUAUGGAUCGUGCGGUGGUGGCGCCUUUCAAAUGUGGUGUGAGGACGGGGCCUUGA